AUGGCCAAGAAGCGAAUAGCUGUGAUUGGAGCUGGCGUGAGUGGCCUGGGAGCCAUCAAGUGCUGCUUGGAUGAAGACCUGGAGCCCACCUGCUUUGAGAGAAGUGAUGACAUUGGAGGCCUGUGGAAAUUCCAGAAAAACCCUUCGGAGGAAAUGCCUAGUAUCUACAAGUCUGUGACCAUCAACACUUCAAAGGAGAUGAUGUGCUUCAGUGACCUCCCCACCCCUGACCACUUCCCCAACUACAUGCAUAACCGCAAACUCAUGGACUAUCUCCGGAUGUAUGCUAAGCACUUCAGCCUUCUGGAUCACAUUCGAUUUAAGACCAAAGUGAGAAGUGUGAGAAAGCGUCCAGACUUCGGUGUCAGUGGACAAUGGGAUGUUGUGGUGGAGACGGACGGGAAGCAGGAAAGCCUGAUCUUUGAUGGGGUUCUGGUCUGCAGCGGCCACCACACAGACCCGCACCUGCCACUUAAGUCCUUCCCAGGCAUCGAGAAGUUUGAAGGCUGUUAUGUCCAUAGUAGGGAAUACAAAAGCCCCGAGGACUACGCAGGAAAGAGAAUUGUUGUGGUUGGCAUUGGGAAUUCCGGUGUGGAUAUUGCGGUGGAGCUCGGUCGGGUAGCAAAACAGGUAUUCCUCAGCACUAGACGAGGUUCAUGGAUUUUACACCGUGUUUGGAACAACGGGUAUCCCAUGGAUAUUUCAUUCUUCACUCGGUUCCAUAGCUUCCUCCAGAAAGUAUUGACCACGGCAGCGGUAAAUAAGUACCUAGAGAAGACAAUGAACUCAAGGUUCAACCAUGCACACUAUGGGCUUCAGCCCCAGCACAGACCACUGAGUCAGCAUCCUACCGUCAAUGACGACCUCCCGGGUCACAUCAUUUCCGGAAAAGUGCAAGUGAAGCCUAACGUGAAGGAGUUCACGGAAAGUGAUGUCAUCUUUGACGACGGCACGGUGGAGGACAAUAUUGAUGCCGUCAUCUUUGCCACGGGAUACAGCUUCUCUUUUCCAUUCCUCGAGGGUCUGAUUGCAGUUACUGACAAUGAAGUGAGCCUGUAUAAGCUUAUGUUCCCUCCAGACCUGGAGAGGCCGACGCUGGCUGUCAUCGGACUCAUCCAGCCCCUGGGCAUCAUCCUACCUAUUGCGGAACUCCAGUCUCGCUGGGCCGUGCGGGUGUUCAAAGGGCUGAGCAAAUUACCCUCCAUGAAGACCAUGAAGGCAGAUAUUGCCCAAAGGAAAAAGGCUAUGGAAAAACGGUAUGUGAAGACAGCUCGGCACACCAUCCAGGUGGACCACAUUGAGUACAUGGAUGAGAUUGCCACUCUGGUCGGGGUGAAGCCCAACCUCCUAUUCCUGUUUCUCUCAGAUCCAAAGCUGGCCCUGGAAGUCUUCUUUGGGCCCUGCACCCCAUACCAAUACCGUUUGCAGGGUCCUGGGAGAUGGGGUGGGGCCCGGAGAGCCAUCCUGACUCAACGAGAGCGGAUCAUCAAGCCCUUGAAGACUCGAAUUACUAGUGAAAACAGCCUCUCCACCUCAGGUCUCUCUUGGAGAAAGAUGGCACCAUUUGGCCUGGCAUUUUUGGGUGCAGGUUUAGCAUACUUGAGAUAUAUUUAUCAUGAUAAACACAAAUGA